AUGAAGUCGUCUACCACUGUUGCGGAAAAUGCGGCGUCAUGCUCUGGGCCGACGGGGCGUCCUCCCCGUUCAAGUUUCGUCAAGGCCGGCGUCUUAGACGACCUUGCCGCGCUAGACCACCUAAGGCCCGCCGCCGAGAUCUAUACCUGUCGCCAUGCCGCAUGGUAUCAACCGCUGGAUGGCGCCUAG